AUUUGUAGUUUCAGAUCACAGACACUGAGAGACAAUGGGCAUAACAUGGCAGGCCUAUCCUGAGAUAGGAGACAGACUUUACUUUGAACGGCUUAACGGGAUGUACUAUCAUUGUGCAAUUUAUAUUGCGCUGCCGAAAUAGAAAAAAUGAUACAAGAUGCACUACAACGAGUGGGUGAAAAAGCAUACAGUAUUUUGUUAAACAACUGUCUCCAUUUUUGCGAAGAAAUAACAGGAAACGGAACGGUUCCACCAGACAUCCGCACACUGGAGCGCGUACGUGUAACUGAGAGUGAUUGGAACGAACGUUGCGAGACACCCCUAUCGCUAAGCAGCCAUUCGUCGCCAGGCUACAACAUUGAAGAGAUCAAUUUGAUGAACAAUACUGGACUACAAAAUUGGCAAGGAAAUGGCACGAGUCCUCUGACGAAUUUCUUUGGGAGUGGCGCAAAGACAUUGACACAAGACUAUUCGGGUGGAUACAUAGACACAAUCAAUUUGAUCAACACUACUGGACUACAAGAAUGGCGGCAAGGAAAUGAAACGUGUUCUCUGACGAAUUCCUAUUGGGGUGGUGCAAAGACCGUGUUUACACAAGACUAUUUGGGUGGAUACAUAGACACAAUCAAUUUGAUCAACAAUACUGGACUACAAGAAUGGCGGCAAGGAAAUGGCACGUGUUCUCUGACGAAUUCCUAUUGCAUUGGUACAAAGACCUUGUUUACACAAGACUAUUUGGGUGGAUACAUAGACACAGUAAGUAAAUCAU